AAAAGUGUUGAGUGAAUUACUUGAAAGGGGAUACCUUUUUUACUUAAUGUCUGUGUUUCCAUUUGCUUUUGUCAGCAAAGAUUUCAUGUUCCUUUAUUAAGCUCCGUCUAUUUCAAAUUCUAGAGCAAUAUACGUCUAAUUUUGGGAAAUAUGAAUUGCUUGGGAUAGAUUUUAGAUAAACAAAAAAUUACAAAAAUAAACAACUGGAUGAAGGCAAGUAUUAACAUCAAACAAAGGUAGGUUAUUUUGAUUACAAGAACUCAGAGGAUUUGGUAUGAAAAUCGCAUUUGCUACACCACUAAUCGGAUUUUUCUUUCACCCAGUAAGUUGUUCGGCAUCGGCUCGAGUAUUUAAAGUUUAAUCUCGACUGAUUGCCUCUGAGCUGACACAUCCGUUUUCAAUAUUUCGAUGUUCGGCGAUUAAUUUUGGGAUUAAAGUGUGGGCAGCGAAAGAUAUCGAAGGGACUUUAGACAAUUCGGUCAUUAGUUUUGUCUCUUGGUUUCAAAGCGCAAGAUAAUUUCCUGAUCCUUGACGGUCAUCGCCUCACUACGACAGUGAGAGCUAAACAGGACACCUUUUGCAAGAAAGCCGAGGAAAAAAAAAACACACCCAUUGAAAAUUAGACUUAGUGAGAGACAGUGCUAAGUUGGCGUUUACUAGCCUGAUUUGGACUGAAGAGCAAAAGUCUGGCGAUAUAUACAACAGCAUGCUUUGGACAAGCGGACGGACGAUUUACUCGGUGGCAAUAAUAUUCCUCGCUGUUGCGGAAGCCACAACCGCCAGCAAUUCGACCAAGCAGUCGCUGACAUUUACCACUACGACUGUAGCUGUUUCUACCAUGGCUCUUGCUAUUGUGAUGGUGUUGGCAUUAUUGGGUAACACGCUAGUUUGCUUCGCAUUUUAUCAUUCAACCAACCUCAGGUGCGUCACAAACGUUUUCAUCGUCUCAUUGGCGAUAACUGAUAUCCUAGUAGCGUCUGUCUCCAUUCCGAUCUGGCUCGUGAUUCAGAACUCGGAGUGCAUCAACAACUGGUCGACUUGCGAUCCUAUUCUCAUGGCGUUUUGGAAAUGCUUGGACAUUCUGUUUUCCACCGCUUCAAUCAUGAACUUGUGUGCCAUCAGCUGCGAUCGAUACAUAGCUAUUACUUCGCCCUUGAGGUAUUCUCAAAUUAUCACCAAAACCCGCGCAAUAAUCGCAUUAAUUUGCCUGUGGUUGUACUCAACAUUCAUUGCCACCAUCAAUCUACACGGAGGGAUCUACUACCCAACCCUGGUUUUCGUGGUUUCCUUCCUCCUUCCUCUCUCGGUGAUGAUUUACUCGUAUUCUCGCAUCUUUCUAGCGGCUCUUCACCAAGCGCGUCGUAUUCAACCGAUGCGGCAAGCGUUCUACUUCAAGCGUGAGAUAAAAGCGGCCAAGACUCUGGCGAUUGUGAUGGGCGCGUUUAUCGUGUGUUGGACGCCGUUUUUUGUGAUGAACAUCCUGGUGCAGUUUGUCACAUUCUACGUGCCACCGAUAGUGACUCUAGCAAUAAAACUGCUCCAUUACGGAAACUCCGCGUUAAACCCUGUCAUUUACUCGAGUUCCAACCGCGAUUUUAGGCACAAGAUUUUGCGCGUUCUUCCAUGCAAAUGCGGUCAGCUUCACAGCAAUCUUGGCGACGCUGUUGCCCAGUUUUGGACCGCCAGUUUUCGCACUACUUUCGGUGUGAGCACUACCUUCCGUAACGAAAGCGCUAUCGAGAGAAGUAAUAGUGUCGAUGGAGAGAUCACAAGCACCCGGGGACACACGAAAGACGAAAACAGCGUUGACGCCCCUUAUGGAACCAAGGUGAUGCGUCUUUGUAGCUUGUGAGACCUGCCGUAACUUGAUCCUUACCAGUUAACACAUUCAGAAUUUAACUUGCAAUGAGCUCCCUUUUGAAAAGAGGCCUAUGUCGGGUGCCGCAAAAACACACCCGCAAAAAAGAAAGAAUUAAAUUAACAGAAGGUGUGUGGCAUUACAGCUUGUAUGUUCUCAUCUAAUGCACCAUAAUGAUUUUGUUGCAAAAUGUUCCUUGAAACUUGAGGCAUAUUUUUUUUUUGCGGUUAUUACGGUGGUUUUCAAAGGUUUUAUUAUCACAUACAAACCUAAACAUUUAUUUCAUCGCCUCUCCCAUGAACUUAACAUUUUUUUGCGCUAAGACUCGCUGUAAUGUAUGCAAGGGAUAAUUCACGAAAUUACUUGCUUUUGUAAGUUUAUCUUUUUCCCUCAUGUGUGCUGUAAACAUUCAUGAGAAAUUAACAUUUUGUUUCCAUGGAAACAUCGAUAUCAGGACAAGUUGAUAACCUUUUCACUAGGAAGAUUAAUUUCAUUUGUCAUUUCCUUCAUUGGUAAGAUAUACGGUCAUAAAUUUUGCACUCUUCCAAACCCAAUUCAUUAUAUACAAUGAAGAGAGCAGAUUUUCAUGCAAUGUUUAGAAGACUCGCGUGGUAUAUGAAGUUUCCCUUUUUAAUUAAUGUCAAUUUUUAAUAAUUUAUCAGUAAAUUUUUUUUGAAAUGUUAUGAUAUAAAUGUCCAUGCGAUAAUUAAUAACUUGAAUAUAUGCGUCCCUAAGAUACCAAACCUGCAAAGACAGCGUAUUUAAUAAAAGUUCUGCCGAACGUGUUUGCGAUUUCUUUGAAAUCAAACAACACUUUGACUGAAAGUUGUUCUCUGAACAAAUAAAGCUGCUCCAAAGCAGGAUGUCGCUUCACGCUUGUUCAAACUAUUUUAGCCUACGAUACAUACCUGUCUCAGGAUUCCAGACACUUAAAAAUGUUUCACUACUUUUAUCAUAUUAAAAAAAUUGGGUUUGGUUGCGGGGGCUAAAAGCCAGCCUCAGUAAUUUUUAAUGUCCAUCAAAUUUCAAUCUUCCAAUUCUUAAUGAGGAUAAUCCUUGCUCUUGGUGUGUAUUGAAAUCUCUUUGACGUUUCUGAUCGUUUUUCUUUCUCAAGAAACUCAUUACUUUUUCGAAUUUACCUUUCAAUGACAGCGGGUGAUAUUUUUUUACACCACAAAAAAACUUUCUUGUCGUUUUUAUAUCUUGACCGCCCUUAAUGUUUCAUUACUCUAGAAAAGGCGUGAUUUACCGGUUUUGCAAAGUUGACUUUCAAAGCAAUUUAAAUGAUUUGUUAAUUAAAGGGGUGCCAUGGAAAUCGUUAAUAAACUACUAAAAUGUUGA